UAAGAACAUCGUGUGAUAACCGAAAAAUACGAAAUGUGCGAUGUGCGAAGUCAAUUGCGAUAAAAUGAUUUAUUGUUCAUUAUCCAGUUUACACUUCUAGUCGUCUACGUCAAUUUUAUAUUACUUGAAUAUUUAUAAUUAUGUUGUUAUGGAGUGGCUGUUUAUUAUAGCUUCAAUAGUAGCAUCAUUUGUGAUUGUCGCAUUAUUUAUACUCAUCGGUAAGCAUUAAAAUUUAAGAUUUUAGUUUUCCACUAACACAUGACGUGAUUUUGAUUAUUUGUACCGUUUACUCUCCAACAAUACCAUUGUUGUUUGUUGAUGACGUAAAUACGAAAACAAUAAAACCAAUAAUUACAAUAAAUUAGGUAUUUAUUCGUUCGAUAUUUGUUUGAUAUAAAAUUAACACGAUUAGAGUUUUUGGACUAAAUAAUUUAGGUAAAUAAUUAAAUGUCAUUAUUGAAAUUGAUUUGUAUUUGAGUUUUUGUAAACAUAGUUUUUAAGUCUUAAAAUUUAUAUUUAAAAUAGCCAGGAAAAAAUGUUUACUCAACGCCCAAUUUAUGUCUUGAUUUAUUUAAAAAAAAAAGUAUAUCUUGGUGAUUUGACCUUACCAAUGAAACUUUUUAUGAUCAUAGAAUAAUUUGAUAUUUUAUUGCAUUAUUAAUAAUUUAUUGUAUAUUAUACUUUUUUCUGAAAAUUUGUAUUAUAUUGUAAUGAUUAUGUUUUUAAUAAUUUUUAGAAUAUUGUAAAAUAAUUUCUCAUUAUAAAAACAUUUAUGUGUUAAAACAAUUCAAAAAUAAUAUAUUAGGAGUAACAGGAAAAAUAUUUAAUGAGAAUUAAAUUAAGUAGGUAUCUAAUUUUAUUAAUCAUAUUAUUUUUGUGCUUGUUUUUGUAGGGUGGUGUUUAGUUUGGAAGUUGUACUUGUCAAAAUUUAAACUAGUCCGAGAACUUUUUUCUCAACAAACCCCUGAAACUGAAAGUCAAAAUAAAACCCAAAAGAUUCUCUAAAUAACUGCCAUAAAAUGAAUAUCCGCUGUGCUAAACCAGAUGACUUAAUGAAUAUGCAGCACUGUAAUCUGCUAUGUCUUCCUGAGAACUAUCAAAUGAAGUACUAUUUCUAUCAUGGUUUAUCGUGGCCACAAUUAAGUUAUGUUGGCGAAGAUGAAAAAGGGAACAUUGUCGGUUAUGUACUUGCCAAAAUGGAAGAAGACUGUGAAGAUAAUCCUCAUGGGCAUAUAACAUCACUCGCUGUCAAAAGGUCGCAUAGGCGUUUAGGACUUGCCCAAAAAUUAAUGGAUCAAGCGGCCAGGGCUAUGGUGGAAUGUUUCCAAGCAAAAUAUGUUUCGCUGCAUGUGCGCAAGAGCAACAGAGCUGCAUUGAAUUUAUACACCAAUACAUUAAAGUUUACAAUAUCCGAAAUUGAACCUAAAUAUUAUGCUGAUGGCGAGGAUGCAUAUGCAAUGAAAAAAGACCUAUCACAUUUUACAUUAUUGUGUGCUGAUGAUGACAUACCAAGUAGUGAUUCUUUGUCUAAUGCAAUGAAAAAAAUUGAAAUUGAAUCUAAAUAAGACAUUUUGUUUUUUUUUUUUUUG